AUGUACUGUUCUCAGACAUAUGCCAUGGGGAACAUCGAACUCUUUUUCUGUCUAUACGCCUCCUACUGGGGCUAUCCUCCCAAGUGCAACUCCUCCCACUCUCGACUCCUGGGCUUCUUUCAAUGUCUACCCUCCGUUUGGCGAGCCUUCCAAUGUAUCCGCCGAUACCUGGACACGAAGAAUGCCUUUCCUCAUCUUUUGAACUUGGGCAAGUACAUAUUCGGCGUGCUCUACUAUGCCACCCUGAGCAUGUACCGCAUCGACCUCCAAACGCGCUUCCAAGCCUCAUUCAUCACCUUCGCCCUACUGAACGCCGUCUACACCUCAGUUUGGGACCUGAUAAUGGACUGGAGUCUCGGAAACCCUUAUGCAAAGAACCCGAUGCUCCGUGAAGUGCUCGGCUUCCGUCGGGUCUGGGUCUACUACGUCGCCAUGCUGCUAAACGUAGUCAUCCGCUUCAACUGGAUUUUCUACGCAAUCUUCAUCAAUAAUAUUCAGCAAUCAGCCCUACUCAGUUUCGUUGUCUCCGUCUCGGAAGUCUGCCGCCGCGGCGUAUGGUCCAUCUUCCGAGUCGAAAACGAGCACUGCACAAACGUCCUCCUCUUCCGAGCCUCGCGGGAUGUCCCCCUCCCAUACGACCUCCCAGAAACAGUCGCCGCCCCUCUCGACGGAUCCCCGGAAGCCGUCCAGCUCCAGGAACAACAACACGCAGCUGCCUCCACACCCUUCAUGUCCCCUGGCGACAUCGAGCACGGAACUCCCUCGGUGUCGAGUAUGCGGGCACGCAACCGUCGCCCAUCGGUGGGAAUCGGCCGCGUCGGCACGAUUGUCGCAGCAGCCCAUGCUCAAGACUUCCAGCGCCGUCGCGGACCAACAUAUCUCUCCAGCGCGAGCGUCGGUCGUGACAUGGCACCCGGCGGCGAUGACAGCACAGACGAAGACGACGAGGGCGAUUUAACCACGGACGAGGACUCGGGUUCAACAGUGAAUGGAAAUGAAACGCGCGAGACUGGAAGACCUCACUCUCUUCGACAGGAUGCAAUGAACCGCAUCGUCGAGUGA